AUGGAAAACUCUCCAGAACCAUUAGCAAAAAAAUUGUUAGAAAAAGUACGUAUAAGACAGGAAGAAAUGGACAGUUAUGAUUCACCUGUAAGAUGUCCCGUCAACACACGCCGUACUUCAUCUUUAGACAAAGAAAACAAGAUGCCAUUAGAUCAAAAAAAUUGUACAAAAGAUGAUUUGACAUCAGUUGAUCUUCCUAAAACAAAUAAAUUUGCUGUAAUUGCUGAAGCUUACAAUAAUUUUGAGUACGAAUUUUGCCAUGCUCCUAGAAAUAAAAAAGAUUAUUUAGUUAAUAUUUCUAAAAAUACUGAAAGUUCUUUUGAAAUAAUAGGUUCAAAUGAUGAAGAGGAAGAAUUUUUUUUUGUUAAAAACAAUUUGGAUGAGUUACCACCGCAAUUAAACAAAUUAGAAAAUAUAUCAAAAGUCAAGAAUAAUGAAAUACUUUCUGUAGAGAGAGAUUUUACUCAGAUUUCUGUGGCUGAUACAAAAGAUGUAGUUAAUGAAUCUGAGAAAAAACUAAACGGAUCUAAUGAAAAUACAAUUACUAAAUUUUCUCCAAUCAUUACAAAUAGAAAGGCUAUGGAUAUUGCAAAAGAAUUUGAUUCCACUUCUAGGAAUUUUCGUACAGCAUGUAAACAAUCAGCUGUUAAAUACAUUGAUGGAAAAGUUGCUGUUAAAUCUUUGAGACCUGGUGCUUUAUCACCAACACUUUUAUAUGGAAAUAGACGUAAAGUGGAUAUGAAAAAUUCAGAAGUUGUAAUACCAGAAAUUGCUUCUGUUAAAAAUUUAAAGUCUAAGUGGGAAGAAAAUAUUAUUUCUGGAGCUAAAAUAGAAAACGAUGAUAAAGAGGUUCCACAGGAUAAUUUUUUGGAUGAAAAAGAGUUGUUGAAUGAAUGUAUAAGUGAUAAUGGAAAUUCUCUUCCAGAAAUUUCAAAAUCUGAUAAAUGCGAAUUUGAAAAAGGGCAUGAAGAUGAGAUAAUAAAUGAUGUUUUUAAUUUUGUUCAUCUUGAAGAAUCAUCUAUACCAUCGCCUAUAUUUGAUUGUAAAACACCAAAAAAUUUAAUGGAAGAUAUUAACACAGAAUUAAAUAAGUUUUCUACUCCACGAAAUCGUUUAAAUGAAAGACGUCAAUUUCAAACUGAUUUACCAAUAGAUUCACCAAAACGUCAACUUGUUCACAGUAUUUCAUUUUAUAGAAAAAAAGCAAAAGAAAUAGAAGAAGUUGUUAAACAUAAUAUUGAUUUAGCAUCAUCAGAUGUAAUUUCUUCAGCGGGAUAUAGUGGUAUAAGUAACGGGAGCCAUAAUAAUGAAGAUAUAUGUGAAGAGUUUGUUGAUAUUGAAGCAAAGAUUAAAAAAUUAAAAGAAGGUAUUCAUGUUCAACAAGAUCAAAUAGCUCAGGCUUCAAGAGCAAUUUUAUAUUGUAGAGAAAAUGAUAUUUUUAAAGGAAGCCGUGAAGAAGUUGAUGCACAGCGUGCACUUUUAAUUGCUCAUGAAAAGAAAAAAGUUUUAUCAAUGGAAUAUGAAAAAAUAAAAACGUGUGGAGCAAAUUCAUUUUCCAGAGAUCCUAGAGGAACAUUGACCAUAACAAAUAUUAUAAUUAAACUUUCCAAAGAAUUUGUUAAUGUACAUAUUAAUCAAAAAACUGAUCCUUAUAUAUAUUACUUUAUUGUUUUACUCAAAAUUGCUGACAAGAUUCUUUAUACUCAAUUAAUUUCAAGUGAUACUGGAAUUAAAAAUGGAUAUGUAGAAUUUUCUGUUCAGAUAAAUCUUAAAAAUAUACCUGCAGAUUUCGUUGCUUUAUUGGAAAUUUUUUGUUUACGUUCAAAAAAAGAUUCAAAGCAUGGUAAAGAUACUAAAAGUAAAACUUUUACGCCAUUUAAAAAAUUUUCAUACUCAACACCAUCUUCAAGUAGUCGUCAACUAAAAUCUUCAUCAAAUAAUAUUAUUAAUCCAAGUUUUCACAAAAUAGGAGGACUCUCUUUUAAUAUAUCUCAUAUUAAUAAGAAGAAUUUUACAUUAAAAGAAGUGAAGCAACCAUUAGAUGGAACAAUUCGUAUUAGUAUGAAUUGUACUCCAGAAAAAGAAUCAGUUAUGAAAUAUAAAGGAUUUCUCAAUCUUUAUCAAUUUGUUGGAGAUUUAUCUUCUUGGAAUAGAUAUUGGUGUGUUCUUAAAGGAUCAAAUAUGAUAUUCUGGAAGUAUCCUGAAGAAGAAGAUAAAAAACAACCGGCAAUAAUUAUUGAUCUUGAAUCUGUCAAAGGCAAAGUAGAACAUAUUAAUGAUGAAAGUGCAUGUUUUCCUAAUACAAUGCAAUUAUUUGUAGAAGUACUUGAUAAAGAAAAAUUAUCAACCAUUCGUAUUUUGUUUGCUGCUGACACAUUACCACAAAUGGAAUCAUGGUUGACAUAUAUAAAUGGUGCAAUCAAUUGCAUUUUUCUUUGGAGUUCAAAAAAUAUACCUUCUAACAAAUAA